AAAUGUAUGUAAAUUAAUUAUAAAAUGGGCGACAUAUUUGUAACAUAUUUGUGUUUUGAGGUGUACACUGGUAAUGAUGAUCUACCGGGGCAAUAAGGAAUUUAUUAGACAUGAAGUAAAAACAAAAGACAUAUUUCUAGUCAUUGAAGAACACCGCUCGGAAUGUCUAGCUACGACAGGAAUGUGCCAAUGAGUUUUGAUUUUUUUAAGAAGCGUAAAAAGCGUGAUCGAAACAAAUCUAAAACGAAUGGCUACACAUCACCUGUUAUGUCGGUUACUUCCCUCUCUGAAUCAUUUAUAAACAGCUCACAACAAAGCAAAUCCUCUAGUAUAAAGAGAGGUACCUUUCGGGGAAUUUUAAAUGACAGUGUUACACCAAAAUCGCAAAAAAGAAAACAUGAUACCAGUGAAACAAAUGAAUCGCUUGAUGCACCGCCAAAUUAUCCAAAUAUUGAUACAAACCUUUGUAAAGCCUUCAACUAUAUCACAUGGGCUCGGGACCAAAUGGUUUUUGGGAAUGAACAUAUUAUUUCAUUACCAAAUUUGGAACAAUUGUUCCUAACACAACUAAAUAAAAUGCGCUCGGACAUGGACCAAAACGUUUCCAUCUUAAAGUGCAUAACAGAGGUUAUAUACAAUAGGAUGUUGGAUAUCUACAACUCAUACAACUAUCUACUGAACAACACAAGCCAGUACUGUCAUUUAUCAACCGUGUAUUUGAACUCUUACAUAUUUGUAAGACCUGUGGAUUUUUCAAAUUUUGAUUUUUUAACAAACACAGCGGAUGUCGCGAUCUCAAUCGAAGGACACAGAGUCAAUAAGCCAACUUUUAUUCAGGAACAUCUUAUCUCAUAUUUUGGCAAGUCUUGUGAGUAUUUGCCUUCCAAAUACUCUUCGGAAUAUAUAUACAAACAAAUCUCCAUUGAGAAUGACUAUCUUCCAAAUCUUAUUACAAAGGUUACUCUCCAACGUGCAAUGAAGCAAUUGGUUGUAGUAAAAGCUAUUGUAGAUAUUCCAAUAAUUGACCUAUUGCCUUAUGAAGGGUAUGAAAUGAAUGAACUAAAGACUGGUGAAAAGGGUUGGCUUCCGCUAUACAUUAGCGAAAGACUCACCCACAGUGGGUUCAUAGUUGUCGAACUUCCCUCGUAUUUGACGCAGGAGUUCUUGAGAGAUUUUAGGAAGCGUGAGCAUAAAUCGUCUGAACUUGAAAAGCUUCCAAAUGACUAUUUUUUUGAAAUCGCAUAUAUAUUCACAAAGGCAAAGCUAUUCAAAAAGUUGUAUAUUCCAAAUAUGAGCAAUCGCAGCAAAAUGUACAAUUACAUUUCCAAAGUAGCAGGAAUUGUUGAGGAUAUAAAAUACUUUAGAAUCGCAAAAAUUCGAAGUUAUUUGGACACACUGUCAAUGUCCAACUCUAUCAUUCAGUUUGAUAAUUUUCAAUUCUCCGAAACUUAUCUCAUAAACCAAUUUUUGUCUGGAUACUGUCCGUUUGUCGAUAAGGCCAAAAAAUUAGACCACCAACCAUGGAUGCAAAUAGACCACUUGAUAGGAGAUCUGGAAAACACACUCUUAGACUCUAUAAAACAGCCCAUAGUCUAA